AUGUUUCUCACUGCACUACUCCUCGCAGGUCUCAUUGCUCUUUUGACUGCUUAUUUUGUUACUUUGAAAUCUCGCUAUGACUAUUUUCGUCUUCGAGGCAUCCCAGGUCCUUCACAUCUCUUUUUCUUUGGACAUUAUCGCACUAUCUGGUCGGCCAAAUUCUAUUCACGUUUAUUGCAAUCAUGGACACAACAAUAUGGUCCAAUCUAUGGUUUAUAUGACGGCACUCGACCACUUUAUGUUGUCUCUGACGUUGAUUUUCUUCAAGAAGUAUUUAUCAAACAAUUUUCAUGUUUUCAUUCGCAUCGUUUCUCAUUUCUACUUCGAAUGUCUGAUGCACGUCCGUUAAUUUCUGCUGAUGUAAGACGAUGGCGUCAUUGUGCAUUCGGAAUUGAUACGGACAUGCAAAAUGAUAUUAAUAAUGAAUUUAUGCUUAAAUCGGCUGCUUGUUUCGAAAAACAUGUUGAGCAUGUUUUAUUAACAAAAUGGAGCUAUUUGAUGCCAUGGCUCACACCAUUCCUAAUAAAAUUCGUCCGUGGUCAAUUAGCUAUCAUGGGCGCUUUACACAAUAUAUUACCGACAAUUUUUCCUGAUAUACUCGAAACAAUUCCUACUUUGUGGCUUCAGUCAAAAGUAGAUAGAAUUAUCGAUACUCGUAGAAAGUCUUCAGAAACAAUAAAAAGAAUAGAUUUGCUUCAGUUGUUACUUGAUGCAACUACUACACAAAGUGAUAAGCCAACAAGCGAGAACGAGCUUCAUAUUGACGAAGUCAAGGCCAAUGCAUUUUUGUUUAUGGCUGCCGGUUAUGAAACAACAUCAACUGCACUUGCCUAUUCUACGUACAUUUUGGCAACUAAACCCGACAUUCAACACAAACUUCAUGCAGAAAUUGAUGUAUAUUAUGAGAAUAAGAUCGACUAUGAUUUGAUAACAAAAAUGACCUAUAUGGAUUUGUUUAUCCGAGAAGUUCUUCGUAUGUUUCCUAUGUCGACCAUGGGAAUUACGAGACAAUGCAAUGAAACCACAACUGUCUGUGGCCAUCAGAUCGAUAAAGGAACUGUCAUCCAACCAGACAUAUUUUCUAUUCAUUACAAUAGUGAAAUUUGGGGUCCCGAUGAUCCCAAUCAAUUUCUUCCAGAACGACACGCUACCGAACGACAUCCAUUAGCAUAUCUGGCAUUCGGAGCAGGACCACGUGCAUGUAUUGGAAUGCGAUUUGCUUUGAUGGAAAUGAAAAUGUGUUUAGCUCAUUUACUUCGAAACUACACAGUGUUGCCUGGUGAACAUUUAGAAGAAGGUUUUAAACUUCAUGAAAUCUUUGUCAUACAACCCGAUGCGAUCUACAUCAAACUCGAAAAACGUUGUUGA